GCAGGCUUUAUUCUCUCUCUCUCUCGCUCUCUCUGGUGUUUUCGCCUUGAAACGUGCUGAUCACAACGCUGACUCAUGGUGGUGGUUGCCCAUUAUUCGCAGAAGAAACUUAUCUCUUUAAUCUCUGAGCCUUCCUUCUGUUAUCCAUCAAUCUUUUUUCACUGCCUCUGGUGUUUCCUUUUCUGCGUGCUGCCUAGGACCCAUCCCUUCCAGUAUAAAAGCAGGUUGAGCCUCCAGGCACAGACAUGUUCAUUCGUCUCCACUGGCUUAAUAAUUUGCCUUGAGGGUUUCAGCUUGAAUAUGGGUUCUCUAAUGGCAGGUUGGAGUUCACCAUCUGUGCACCCUAAUAAAGUUCGGCUUGAAAGAAACAGGUCUAACAUCAAGGAAGAAAUAGAGAAUUUCUGGAAGACGCAAAGAGAAGCAGAGGAAGCCAAAAGCAAAGAGGAAAAUUGUUUCCGCAAAACAGAAAUACAGCAGGUUAAUAAUGAUCAAAUUACUUGGGAGGAGAGUAUUGCAAGCAGUAGCAGUGCUUGGUGGACAAGAAGCAGCUGGGCAUACCUGAAUGAACCUCCAAAAGAAGACAUCAAAGGCAGAUCAUACCAAUAUGAGGCUCAUCUUUAUGUUGCAAAAGUGGCAACUAAGGAGCCUUUAUGUGCCAUUUGAGCCUCAUGAAGCUAGCUUGUUAGUGCUUGUGAAUAUGUACAGAAUCAAGUGUGAUUAGGAGAGUGAUUUUGCUUCUUGUACAUGUAAAAUAUGAAGUUAUACCAGAGUUGUAUAGAAGUAGGAAGUAUCAGAGUUGUAUAUAAGUAGGAAAACUGACUGUUUGUUGUCUAACCUGUUUUUGUUUUUGAGUUUCUCAUCUUGAUAAACGGCACCCGAGUCAAGAGACUUUGUCACUCUCCUGGCAGUGUAAUACUCCAAGGCUAGUAUCCCUGCGCCCCUAGGGCCUAUAUCUGCUUGGGCUUGUGGAAGGAAAUAGAGAACAGCGGGUUCGAACUGGUGAUGUGAGGGGUACCUCCCCAGCAGCCGGCCCAGCUGC